CGAGGCUCCUGCCGCUGCCUCCUCAGCCGGUCCACAGCGACGGCGGCGGCCGCGGCGGCUGAGUCGGUGGCAGUGGCGGCUGUGGCGGCUGCUGGCUGAGCAGCGAGUUUCCGAUUUAAAGCACAUCUGCGAGGAAAAUGGCGGCGGGCGGAUCAAAAUACUUGCUGAACAGUGGAGUCAGAGACCAAUAAAAAUAAACUACUUGAACGUCAUUUGACUGGUUAGCCAGUUGCUGAUGUAUAUUCAUGAUGAGCGGAUUAGGAGAAAACUCCUUGGAUCCACUGCUCCCUGAUUCACGAAAACGCAAAUUGCCAUGUGAUACCCCAGGACAAGGUCUUACCUGCAGUGGUGAAAAGUGGAGACGGGAGCAGGAGAGUAAAUAUAUUGAAGAAUUGGCUGAACUGAUAUCUGCUAAUCUUAGUGAUAUUGACAAUUUCAAUGUCAAACCAGAUAAAUGUGCAAUUUUAAAGGAAACAGUAAGACAGAUACGUCAAAUAAAAGAGCAAGGAAAAGCUAUUUCCAAUGAUGAUGAUGUUCAGAAAGCUGAUGUAUCUUCUACAGGACAGGGAGUUAUUGACAAAGACUCCUUAGGACCACUUUUACUUCAGGCAUUGGAUGGUUUCCUGUUUGUGGUGAAUCGUGAUGGAAACAUUGUAUUUGUGUCAGAAAAUGUCACACAAUACCUGCAAUAUAAGCAAGAGGACCUGGUUAACACAAGUGUCUACAAUAUUUUGCAUGAAGAAGACAGAAAGGAUUUUCUUAAAAACUUACCAAAAUCUACAGUUAAUGGAGUUGCUUGGACAAACGAAACCCAGAGACAAAAAAGCCAUACAUUUAAUUGCCGUAUGUUGAUGAAAAUGCCACAUGAUAUUCUGGAAGACGUAAACACUAGUCCUGAAACACGCCAGAGAUAUGAGACCAUGCAGUGCUUUGCCCUGUCUCAGCCACGUGCGAUGAUGGAGGAAGGGGAAGAUCUGCAGUCCUGUAUGAUCUGUGUCGCACGCCGCAUUACUACAGGAGAAAGAGCAUUUCCAGCAAACCCUGAGAGCUUUAUUACUAGACAUGAUCUUUCAGGAAAACUUGUCAAUAUAGAUACAAAUUCACUGAGAUCUUCUAUGAGACCUGGUUUUGAAGAUAUAAUCCGAAGGUGUAUCCAGAGAUUUUUUAGUCUUAAUGAUGGACAGUCAUGGUCCCAGAAACGUCACUAUCAAGAAGCUUAUAUCCAUGGCCAUGCAGAAACUCCAGUGUAUCGAUUCUCUUUGGCUGAUGGAACUAUAGUGACUGCACAAACCAAAAGCAAACUCUUCCGAAAUCCUGUAACAAAUGAUCGUCAUGGCUUUGUCUCAACCCACUUUCUUCAGAGGGAACAGAAUGGGUAUAGACCAAACCCAAAUCCUGUUGGACAAGGCAUUAGACCUCCAGUGGCCGGAUGCAACAGUUCGGUAGGCGGCAUGAGUAUGUCGCCAAACCAAGGCUUACAGAUGCUGGGCAGCAGGACCUACAGCUUGGCCGACCCCAGCACCGCAGGGCAGAUGAGUGGAGCUCGGUAUGCGGCUUCCAGUAACAUAGCUUCGGUGAACUCCGGGCCAGCCGUGCAGUCGCCGUCUUCCUACCAGAACAACAGCUAUGGCCUCAGCAUGAGUAGCCCGCCCCAUGGGAGCCCUGGGCUGGGCUCCAGCCAGCAGAAUAUCAUGAUCUCGCCCCGAAAUCGCGGGAGUCCCAAGAUGGCCUCACAUCAGUUUUCUCCUGUUGCAGGCGUGCACUCUCCCAUGGGGUCUUCUGGCAAUACUGGGAGCCACAGCUUUUCUAGCAGCUCUCUCAGUGCCCUUCAAGCUAUCAGUGAGGGCGUAGGGACGUCUCUUUUAUCUACUCUGUCUUCACCAGGCCCCAAAUUGGAUAAUUCUCCCAAUAUGAAUAUAACCCAACCAAGUAAAGUGAACAGUCAGGAUUCCAAGAGUCCCUUAGGCUUGUAUUGUGACCAGAAUCCAGUGGAGAGUUCAAUGUGUCAGUCAAGUAGCCGGGAUCACCUCAAUGAGAAAGAAAGUAAGGAGAGCAGUGCCGAAGGUUCGGAGAACCAAAGGGGUCCCCUGGAAAACAAAGGCCACAAAAAAUUGCUGCAGUUACUUACCUGCUCUUCUGAUGACCGGGGUCAUUCCUCUUUGACCAACUCCCCACUGGAUUCAACUUGUAAAGAUUCUUCCAAUAGCGUCACCAGUCCCUCUGGGGUCUCGUCUUCAACGUCCGGAGGAGUGUCCUCCACAUCCAACAUGCAUGGGUCCCUGCUGCAAGAGAAGCACCGGAUUUUGCAUAAGUUGCUGCAGAAUGGGAAUUCACCAGCCGAAGUGGCCAAGAUUACCGCAGAAGCAACCGGGAAGGACACCAGUAGUACGACCUCUUGUGUAGAAGGAAGUGUCAAGCAGGAGCAACUAAGUCCUAAGAAGAAGGAAAAUAACGCACUGCUUAGAUACCUGCUGGACAGGGAUGAUCCUAGUGACACACUCUCUAAAGAACUACAGCCCAAAGUGGAGGGAGUGGACGCUAAAAUGAGUCAGUGCAGCAGCUCCUCUGUUCCUAGCUCGAGUCAGGAGAAAGACGCUAAAAUUAAGACGGAAGCAAAUGAAGAGGGAUCUGGUGAUCUGGAUAAUCUAGAUGCUAUCCUUGGUGAUCUGACCAGUUCUGACUUUUAUAAUAAUUCCAUAUCCACAAAUAGUAGUAGUCUGGGAACCAAGCAACAGAUGUUUCAAGGAACAAAUUCUCUGGGUUUGAGGAGUCCACAGUCUGUGCAGUCCAUCCGUCCCCCAUAUAACCGAGCAGUGUCUCUAGAUAGCCCCGUUUCCGUUGGCUCGAGUCCCCCAGUGAAGAACAUCAGUGCUUUCCCUAUGUUACCAAAGCAACCCAUGUUGGGUGGGAAUCCAAGAAUGGUGGAUAGUCAGGAAAAUUAUGGUUCAAAUAUGGGUGGACCAAACAGAAACGUGACUGUGAAUCAGACUCCGUCCUCAGGAGACUGGGGUUUACCAAACGCAAAGGCCAGCAGAAUGGAACCUAUGAGUUCAAACUCCUUGGGGAGACCAGGAGUGGAUUAUAGUGCUUCUUUACCCAGACCUACGGUGGGUGGCUCGAUGCCCACCUUGCCUCUUCGGUCCAAUAGCAUCCCAGGUGCGAGACCAAUUUUACAGCAGCAGCAGCAGCAGCAGCAACAGCAGCAACAGCAGAUGCUUCAAAUGCGGCCUGGUGAAAUGCCCAUGGGAAUGGGGGUCAGUCCUUAUGGCCAAGCAGCACCAUCUAACCAACCAGGUUCCUGGCCAGAUGGCAUGUUGUCCAUGGAACAAGGCCCUCAUGGGACUCAGAAUAGGCCACUUCUUAGGAAUUCCCUGGAUGACCUCCUUGGGCCUCCUUCUAACCUAGAAGGACAGAACGAUGAAAGAGCAUUGUUGGACCAGCUGCACACACUCUUGAGCAACACAGAUGCCACAGGCUUGGAAGAAAUUGACAGAGCUCUGGGUAUCCCUGAACUUGUAAAUCAAGGACAAGCUUUGGAGCCCAAACAGGAUGUUUUCCAAGGACAAGAAGCAGCAGUAAUGAUGGAUCAGAAGACAGCAUUAUAUGGGCAGACAUACCCCACACAAGGGCCUCCUAUGCAAGGAGGCUUUAAUCUUCAGGGACAAUCACCAUCUUUUAACUCUAUGAUGAACCAGAUGAACCAGCAAGGCAGUUUUCCUCUCCAGGGAAUGCAUCCUCGGGCCAACAUCAUGAGACCGCGUACAAACACCCCCAAGCAACUUAGAAUGCAGCUUCAGCAGAGGCUGCAGGGCCAGCAGUUUUUGAAUCAGAGCCGGCAGGCACUUGAAAUGAAAAUGGAAAACCCCACUGCUGGUGGAGCUGCAGUGAUGAGGCCCAUCAUGCAGCCCCAGGUGAACUCCCAGCAGGGUUUUCUUAAUGCCCAGAUGGUCGCCCAGCGCAGCCGAGAGCUGCUGAGUCAUCACUUCCGACAGCAGAGGAUGGCGAUGAUGAUGCAGCAGCAGCAGCAGCAGCAACAGCAGCAGCAACAGCAGCAGCAGCAGCAACAACAAACUCAGGCCUUCAGCCCACCCCCUAACGUGACCGCUUCCCCCAGCAUGGAUGGGGUUUUGGCAGGGCCUGCGAUGCCACAGGGUCCACCCCAGCAGUUUCCAUAUCCACCAAAUUAUGGGAUGGGACAACAACCAGAUCCAGCCUUUGUUCGAGUGUCUAGUCCUUCUAAUGCCAUGAUGGCAUCAAGAAUGGGGCCCUCCCAGAAUCCCAUGAUGCAGCACCCGCAGCCUGCACCUAUGUAUCAGUCCUCGGAAAUGAAGGGCUGGCCCUCAGGGAACCUGGCCAGGAACAGCUCCUUUUCCCAGCAGCAGUUUGCCCACCAGGGGAAUCCUGCAGCAUACAGUAUGGUGCACAUGAAUGGCAGCAGUGGUCCCAUGGGACAGAUGAACAUGAACUCCAUGCCCAUGUCUGGCAUGCCCAUGGGCCCCGAUCAGAAAUACUGCUGACAUCUCUAUACCAGGACCUCCAAGGAAAUCACUGUUCAAAUGACACUGCACUAGGGUUAUCGGGAGUACAGGAUCGUGGUCGUAGGCACCCAGCUUUGAAGAAAGGACCAGCUCUGAUCUCCAUCAAGGGUAUUCCAACUGAUGUCAUUUGAGUAGGACUGGAUUUUAAGCGGAUAUUUACCUUUUUUCCCCUCCUCCUGUCUAUCACGGCGUUCAAAACAAAUAUUUUUGGCAUUCUGCCUCUUAGGGAUGUGAUUCUGGAGUUAAUGGAGUGUUACUGAUCUCAAAACUCUCCUGUGUCCUGUCUUUCUGCCUGGCUAUUCUAUCUUUCAAAUAAAUGUAGGUGGGCCAGAGAGCAUUGGAGAAAACGUGAGAUUAGAGUGUCUGGUUUCUCUAGUUGCAGUAUUGGAGGAAGAGCACAGCCCCAGCCUUCAUCCGUCUUUUACUACCAGGUGGUUCUGUGCCAUGGGCUUGGCGUUUCUAGUUCUCAUCCUUUAAUGAUAGUGUGAAGUUGCUCCAACCCUGUUCUUGAUUGUCCUAGGCUUUAGCUAGGGUUUCCAUUUGCCCCUGACUUUGUCAUACUUCACCUCCAGGAAUUAUCCUUGAUGUCAAAUGGCCUUGCAGAAGGGAAUGUGAGUUGACAGUAUUUAAUCGCAGCAGUAGCAAUUUUUCAUAUGCUAAUGUGCAGCCGAGUGCACUUUAUUUAAAAAGUAAUGGAGAAAUGCAAUAUUCUAGAGGUCUUGAGGAAUGGUGAACCACAUUCCUGGUUUUUGUCUAAUCUGUUGGACAAGAACUGAUUUUUUUGUUGUUGAAAGUACUGGUGUCACCCUUUGCCUAUAUGGUAGAGCAAUAAUGCUUUUUGAGAAUAAAUUGCAGAAAACCCAAGGCCUGGUACUGCAUUCUGAAUCAGAAUUUCGCAGUGUUUCUGUGAAUAGAUUUUCUUUUGUAAAUAUAACCUUUAAGAUAUUAUAUUAUGUAAAAUAUGUAUAUACCUUUUUUUGUAGGUCACAACAACUCAUUUUUACAGAGUUUGUGAAGCUAAAUAUUUAACAUUGUUGAUUUCAGUAAGCUCAGAGUGGUGAGGUUACAAACAGAAGAGACAGCCCCUGAAUUUUGUGGCCUGGCGGAGGGGACAGCAGUCCAAAGCUUUUCCUUCCCUCCAGCCUUAGAUGCCUCGCUCUUUUCAGUCUCUCAGUCUAAAAGCUUUUUAAAGAGAUCAUUUGUUUAGAUGUAAGCAUUUAAUUUUUUUAAAAUUCUUCUAACGGAACUAAGCACUUUGUUAAUUUUGGGGGAAAGAAUAGACACGGGGGAAUAAACUUUUACAAAAAGGUAUCAAGAAUUUAAAAAGAUCAAGCAAUUUGAUUUAAAAAAAUCUUGGAUUUUAAGCAGUCCAUAAAUUAAUAGCAAUUUCAUUUUUUUUUUUUUUAAAUUGAAUAUGCCAUCUUUUAUUCCAUUUGAGGAUUGAGCUAAGGUUUGGGUUGCUGGGAUCUGAAUCCCACAUGGAGCUCUCAGGAGUAGAGUCUUUGAUGUGUGGUUCCUGGUGUCUGCUCAGCUGUCUUGUCGUUCCGCUAAUGGGAUGUUUUCCUGAGAUUAGGGAUGAUGUUACGAUUAUUUCUUAAGGACUCAGUCUCCAGAAAAGUCAGCUGUGCGUGAUUCAGAGUUGCAGCCUGAGCACUUUUCACUCCCUCCCUCCGCCACCCCCUGCCCUGUUCUGCCGUUGCUAUUCCCCGACACUUGUUAUGAUCAGUUGGGAAUAGGGGGAAAAAAAUCAAGGUUAAUCCCUGUAUCUGGUUUAUUAGGUUCAAACAAUUGAAUGAAAUUGGUUUUUUGGAAUAUCUUUCAAAUGUCUCUGCUAGCCUUGGUGUCAUUUCCUAGCAAUAACUGAGAGCCAGUUAAUCUUUUUAACAUAUAUUUAAUCUUUCUAGGUGUCUCUGAAGGUAAGAUCAUUUAAUUUCUUUGACUUGCUUAUGAAUAAGUGAAACCUGUAUUUCUGGAACUGCCACUAGAGUGAAUUUGAGUCUGACACUCCCCUCCAGCCCCCUGCCCAGUAAAAGAGAAAUGAUUGUAAAUCCAUUAACUUCCAUCAUGGUGGCCUGUACGUUUCCGAUAACACAUCCUCCUCUCUGGAGACAGGCGCAGCUGAGUAAGAGUCUCCGUCUUUUUAGACACAGUUGUUUUAGGUGUAUCUGAACCUUUCUUGUUUUAAGUCAUGCGUGCGUGGGGAGAAACAGAAUGGUGCUCUUACCUUUCUUUAAAAAAAAAGAUGAUUCUUUUCCUUAGUCUUGACUCCAGGCUAACUGGAAGGCAGCACCCCCUUUUUAUAUGAAAAAAAUGAAGUUUAUUAUAAGUUUUUAUAUUUUUUACUUGUUCAUUUUCUUGGUGCCAACUUAAGGUUUUGAUUUUCUUUUAAUAGAUGCAGUCUUUGAAAUAAUUUGUUGUUUUUAACCUUUAUUGCCCUUUUUUGGAUAAUUCUCUUUGUACUUCUGCUGCCUACCUCUCCUCAGUCCCUCCCCCCGCCCUUUUUUAAACCUUGGUCUCUGUUAGGUGAACAUUAUAAGUAAUCUUUUCAUCUGCUUUUAGAAUGUGAGGUAUUUCCAGUACACCUACUUUUUUGCUGAAUCCAAAGAUAUAUAAAUAUAUAUAUUUUUAAAGAUCAAAGUGAUAUAAAGGAGAUACAUGUUUCUUCCUUUAAAAAAACAAUUCAUUGUUAAUGUUCAUAUUAAUGAUGCCACUUUUCUAAACUGUGCAUCUUGAUGGAAAGGUGUAAAUAUCAAUCAACAGGACUGCUUAGUAAUCAGUAUUUAAAACCUAAGGUGUUGGGGUAUAUAGGGGCGGGGUGCUAUAGAACAUGAUUGGCUCGCUGUCCUAGAAGUUCUUUGAUUCAGAGAUAGAUGCAGCUGGAAAGUAACAGAAUGGAGUGCCAGUUAUUCAUAUGCCUGUCCAGUUACCCUUUUUAUUUGCAGAAGCCAUGAGUUUUAUUCACAAGUGGGAAGUUUGUAGGAGCAAAACCUCUAGGAUAGGUGUGUUUUCCUCCUGCUGUAGAGGAGCGAGAGCUGCUGUUUGGCUCCAGGGCAGACUGUUUAAUAACGAGCAGGGCGUUCUUUCUUUUUCCACCAGAUGGAAUUUCGAAGAUGGAAAUGUCAUUCUGAGAGCAAUAUUUAAAUUCUCAGGAACUGACUUACAGUAUUGGGAAUGAAUUUAAUUUCAAUCAAGUUUACAUUAAAUGUUGCUUUUCAAAAAUCUAAAUCAUUCUUUACACUGCAAAGAAUCCAAACCACAUGGGAUAACUUAUGAGAUUGUUGUGUGAUAAGCUAUGACUGUUUUGCUGAUUGUUUUGGGUGUCGUUGUAAAUAAAGGUUUCUAUUUAAAAUUGAA